GCGAUUAUACGACCCAUUAUAUAGUGUAUUCUUGAACGCGGACCAAAGCGGACAUCUCUUUAGGAAUUAAUAAAUAGUUCAGUGGUUUUCUAACUAGGAAAAGAAAAAUUGAACAUGAAUCACAGUUUAGUCGAGUCUCCUUUACUAAACACGGACCUGACGAAAAACAAAAUGGAAAGGUGGGUGGAAGCCCAAGCCAAGGGUGAGAAGAUUGAAGUAGACGUGUACGGGAAGCCAUCCCCGAAGCAGCUCAAAGACUUAGAGAAUAUCAGGAAUUUAAACAGAGAGCUGCAAGAUCAGUUGCGUGAUCUUGAAAACUCAGUGCGCAUCGCUGAUGUCGAGAACGAAGCAAUGAACCCUACUGCAGAAGUGUUGGACUCCUCAGAAGAUCACGAGUUCAUAUCCGCCAAUCAACUGGAUAACUUCUACAAAGAAGAAGACGUGGCCGAGGCAAAAGAAGAAGAGAAGAGAAGACUCACUAAGGGUAACGCUUCGAAAACUGCAAUACAGAAGUUUUAUAAGGACCAGUGUGUGUUUGUAACUGGUGGAACAGGAUUUUUGGGGAAAGUACUGCUCGAGAAGCUAUUAAGAUCUUGUGGCGAUGUAGACACUGUCUACGUGUUGAUCCGAAGCAAGAAAGGAAAAGACCCUACAGUACGCCUGCACGAAAUGUUGGAUGACUUUUUAUUUUUUCGUGCUCAUGAAGAAAACCCUAAAGGCAUUCAUAAAAUCGUACCGAUAGUUGGGGACAUGGAAUUACCUGGACUUGGUAUCAGUGAAGAAGACAGAAGGACUAUUACUAGCAAGAUAACAGUUAUAAUAAAUGCUGCAGCGACAGUUAAAUUUGAUGAGAAGUUAUCAAUAUCUACAGCCAUCAACGUUAAAGGAACAAAAGAAGUUAUUAAACUGGCGAAAGAGUGCAGAAACUUGAAAGCUAUUACGCAUGUAUCUACAGCCUUCUCCAACACGCAUGUUGAUUACAUCGAAGAAAAAUUCUAUGAACCGCCGAUGUCAGUGGAAGCACUAGAAGCUGUAUCUGAGCUGGACGAGGGUCUUGUAGAUGCUAUUCUGCCAACUCUUCUGGGCAAACGUCCAAAUACUUACUGCUUCACAAAAGCAAUAGCGGAAGAGGCUGUUAGAAAACAUGGUGAAGGCAUGCCGAUCUGCAUCGUUAGACCAUCUAUAGUUCUGUCAACAUAUGAGGAACCCGUUCGCGGUUGGACUGACAGUAUUUACGGACCUACGGGUAUUAUUAUUGGAACUGGUACCGGGGUCCUUCGAACUAUGUAUAUGGAUAUGAAUAAAACAGCUGAUAUGGUCCCAGUGGAUCUUACUGUCAACGCAAUCUUGGCUUCAGCCUGGCACACAGCUAAAAACUUCAAAGAAAAUCAAACAUCCGAUAUUCCGAUAUACAAUUUUGUUUCCGGCGCGCAGAACCCAUGCAAGUGGGGCACUUUUGUUGAGUUAAAUAGAAAAUAUGGGAUUGACAAACCUACAAUCAAAGCUGUUUGGUACUAUGGUCUGACAGCAACGAACAAUUAUUAUAUGUUUUUGUUUUAUAAUUUCUUUUUACAUUAUUUACCGGCAUUAUGCAUCGAUACCUACAAUGUAUUGGCCGGUAGACGACGCGUAAUGUUAAAACUCUACUUUAAAGUUAUGAAAUUAACAAAUAUUCUGUUCUAUUUCUCGACGCAACAUUGGAAAUUUAAUGAUGACGGAGUUCAAAGUAUGUGGAAUGCAUUGACAGAAGAAGACAAAGCCGUAUUUCCAUUCAGUUUAAAGGAAAUGUCGUGGGAAAGGUUGUGUGAAACAUUUUUAGUUGGUCUUCGCGUCUACAUAGUAAAGGACGAUCUAUCUACUUUACCUGAGGCGAGGAAGAAAUGGAACAGAUUAUUCGUCCUUCACCAAAUACUCAAGCUUGUUACUUUCUCGAUGCUCAUGUUCAUUAUGUAUUUACUAUUAAGGCCUAUAUUAUCAUUAUUCUCCCGUUGAGUACUAUGAAUCUUUGAAACUAAUGUUAUAACACAUA